AUGGAUGACACGGCCGCCGCGGGAGAUAAGGCGCUCGCUCCUGCGCGAGUCCCCCCGGGCCGCGCGGGCGCCGCGGUAGCCGGCGGAGGCCUCCCCUCGCAGCUGCGCAGGCCGCGGGACCCUGGCGUGCGCGCGGGCGGACCCCGAACUGGGCCCCCCGGGGAGGGGGGCUGGAGCGCCACGGGGGUCCCGGCCGAGGCCGCAAGGGCAGCUCCGGACCCAGACGCCCUCUGGGACUGGGCAGGCGAGGGGGGAGCUCCCCCACCCCGCGCCUCUGCCCGGCCCUCCAGCCCUCCCCACCCCUCGGCCAAGCGUUUGCAGAUGGAGCCCUGGGUGGACACCGCCAGGCCCAUCUUCAGCAAGGCCCCGCAGACAGGGAGCGCGCCAAAGACACCCCUUCCCCAAGUCCGGCUCCCAGAGGAGCCACGGCGGGGCGGGGGGCGGAGGGGCCGCUGCGACGCCCGCACCCCCCCCCCCACGGUCCGGACACCGCUGGUGCGGCGACCCCGGAGCCAGCGGCUGCGCAUCCCCAGCCCCUCGCCACCGCAGCGGGUCCCCCUGCCCGCCCUCCUGAGCCGGGUCCCCGCCGCGGCCGCCGCCGGGCACCCCAGGCCCCGCCCCCAGCCCGAGGCGCCUACGCGCACCCGCGUCUGCAGGGCGCCCCCUGGCGGCCACUGCCGGGCCCUGCGCGCGCCCACGCCGCGGCCGAGACCCGAUCCCCUCACCGGCGCGAAGGUGAGGUCGGUGCGCACUCCCGACGCGCGCGUCUCCGUGCCCCGGCGUCCGGGGCAGGGCGCCCAGGACAGUGCUGGUGCGCGCUCCCGCGCCGCACCUGAGCCGCCGGUCCAGGGCGCGCCCCCUGUGCCUCAACUGGACUUCAGGGCGCGCUCCCGAGCCACACCUGCCCUGCGGGUACAGGGCGCGCUCCCCGCGCCGCACCUGCGCUGCGGGUACAGGGCGCGCUCCCGAGCCCCUCACCCGCCGGUCCCAGUCGCGCUGCAGUCCUGCGGCCCCCAGGUCAAGCCCCAACUCUCCAUCACGACUCAGGUUAGCUGCGGGAGCAGUGAACAGCCUCCUAUUCCCAGAGUGCCCCUCACCAACUGGGGGCCCCUGGGGGACAGGCUCAGCCUACAGCCCACGGGGGACCCCAACCUCAGCCUCCAACCUACGGGGGACCCCGACUUCAGCCUCCAGCCCACAGGGGGACCCCGACCUCAGCCUCCAGCACAGCCCAUGGGGGACCCCAACUUCAGCCUCCAGCCCACAGGGGGACCCCAACCUCAGCCUCCAGCACAGCCCACGGGGGACCCCAACCUCAGCCUCCAGCACAGCCCACGGGGGACCCCCAACCUCAGCCUCCAACCUACGGGGGACCCCGACCUCAGCCUCCAGCCCACAGGGGGACCCCAACCUCAGCCUCCAGCACAGCCCAUGGGGGACCCCGACUUCAGCCUCCAGCCCACAGGGGGACCCCAACCUCAGCCUCCAGCACAGCCCACGGGGGACCCCAACCUCAGCCUCCAGCACAGCCCACGGGGGACCCCAACCUCAGCCUCCAACCUACGGGGGACCCCGACCUCAGCCUCCAGCACAGCCCACGGGGGACCCCGACCUCAGCCUCCAGCACAGCCCACGGGGGACCCCGACCUCAGCCUCCAGCACAGCCCACGGGGGACCCCCAACCUCAGCCUCCAACCUACGGGGGACCCCGACCGCAGCCUCCAGCCCACAGGGGGACCCCAACCUCAGCCUCCAGCACAUCCCACGGGGGACCCCAACCUCAGCCUCCAGCACAUCCCACGGGGGACCCCAACCUCAGCCUCCAGCACAGCCCACGGGGGACCCCAACCUCAGCCUCCAGCCCACAGGGGGACCCCAACCUCAGCCUCCAGCACAGCCCACAGGGGGACCCCGACCUCAGCCUCCAGCCCACAGGGGGACCCCAACCUCAGCCUCCAGCACAGCCCACGGGGGACCCCAACCUCAGCCUCCAGCACAGCCCACAGGGGGACCCCCGACCUCAGCCUCCAGCCCACAGGGGGACCCCAACCUCAGCCUCCAACCUACGGGGGACCCCGACCUCAGCCUCCAGCACAGCCCACGGGGGACCCCGACCUCAGCCUCCAGCACAGCCCACGGGGGACCCCGACCUCAGCCUCCAGCACAGCCCACGGGGGACCCCCAACCUCAGCCUCCAACCUACGGGGGACCCCGACCGCAGCCUCCAGCCCACAGGGGGACCCCAACCUCAGCCUCCAGCACAGCCCACGGGGGACCCCAACCUCAGCCUCCAGCACAGCCCACGGGGGACCCCAACCUCAGCCUCCAGCACAGCCCACGGGGGACCCCAACCUCAGCCUCCAGCACAGCCCACAGGGGGACCCCCGACCUCAGCCUCCAGCCCACAGGGGGACCCCAACCUCAGCCUCCAACCUACGGGGGCCCCGACCUCAGCCUCCAGCCCACAGGGGGACCCCAACCUCAGCCUCCAGCCCACAGGGGGACCCCAACCUCAGCCUCCAGCCCACAGGGGGACCCCAACCUCAGCCUCCAGUACAGCCCACGGGGGACCCCAACCUCAGCCUCCAGCACAGCCCACGGGGGACCCCAACCUCAGCCUCCAGCACAGCCCACGGGGGACCCCAACCUCAGCCUCCAGCACAGCCCACGGGGGACCCCAACCUCAGCCUCCAGCACAGCCCACGGGGGACCCCAACCUCAGCCUCCAACCUACGGGGGACCCCGACCUCAGCCUCCAGCACAGCCCACGGGGGACCCCAACCUCAGCCUCCAGCACAGCCCACGGGGGACCCCGACCUCAGCCUCCAGCACAGCCCACGGGGGACCCCCAACCUCAGCCUCCAACCUACGGGGGACCCCGACCUCAGCCUCCAGCCCACAGGGGGACCCCAACCUCAGCCUCCAGCACAUCCCACGGGGGACCCCAACCUCAGCCUCCAGCACAGCCCACGGGGGACCCCAACCUCAGCCUCCAGCACAGCCCACGGGGGACCCCAACCUCAGCCUCCAGCACAGCCCACAGGGGGACCCCCGACCUCAGCCUCCAGCCCACAGGGGGACCCCAACCUCAGCCUCCAACCUACGGGGGCCCCGACCUCAGCCUCCAGCCCACAGGGGGACCCCAACCUCAGCCUCCAGCCCACAGGGGGACCCCAACCUCAGCCUCCAGCCCACAGGGGGACCCCAACCUCAGCCUCCAGUACAGCCCACGGGGGACCCCAACCUCAGCCUCCACCUUCCCAGCGCGUGCUCAGGGAGCCGGACCGGAAGCAGAGCCGCCGGGACUGA